AGCACUCAGUUCAUCUUCAGUCGUCGUCUGGCUCGCUGGCUCUUGGUUCUUGGUAGGAGUUCCAUUUCCAGUCCCUAUUCAUUGUGCGUGACAAAAAAGAACAAAAGAACUCAGACCUGAAACAAUCGUAAAUUGAAAGCCCAACAGGAUUGGCUUUUAGUGCUAGCGUUUCAAGGAUAUAGUGUCAAGGCGAGGAUUGGUCAGCAAACGACCGGGAAUUUUAGCAAAAAAUAUCGCAAGCUAUUCACCAGAACUAAGCAUUAAAAUGCGUUUCAUUGCUCUAUCAACACUGCUUCUGGCCUCUUUGGCCCUCAGCCAGGCCCAGCAACCCGGUGGACUGGCCGUCGAAAUACAGAAGCAGCGGCUGAUCAAAUUUCCCGAGGAGUUUGAGCCCAAUGGGGCGCCUCCCUCCUCGGAAAAGGCGGACGAGGCCAAGCGCAUCCUCGAGCAGAUAGCCAAGGUCAACGAGGCCUUUGGCUAUGUAAAGAAGCAGCCGGAGCAGCCCAAGCUGCCACCGAUCCUAGACUCCAGUCAAUACCUAUUCCCCAAGCCCGCUCAUCAGCCAUUCCAUGCCCAUCAGCACCACUUUUCGGGGAGUAAUGGUCAGACCUUACUAGAACCCUCAAUUAGGGCGGUAAAACUCACCAGGAAUGUGGCUGGCAGCUAUAAUGUGCCUCCCAGAUUGCGUCAGGCAGUUGAGAGCUCCUCCAAGGAGGAGAAGAAAACCCAGCUGUACUUCAGACCCAACCAGGUGGAGGUACCCAAACCAAGCACCCCACAAGAAGCUCAACUGCUGCCCGCCCACUUUGUGAUUCCCGUCCAUCUGCACAAACUCAAUAAGGACCAGUAUCUGAAGGAACACGCCUCGCAGGAGUAUAAGGUUAAGGGAUACAAAAUCAUAGGCGAUGUGGACAGCUUCUAUGGCAAGGCAAAGGUUGGAAGAAAAAAAGGCAAGACCACGCCCAAGUAUCACUUGUUCUUCCUGCCCCGAGAAUUGGCUCUCAAUGAAGAUGGCACACCAAAGAGGGGUAACUCUACCACCAUAGGAACCACUACCACAAAGUCGCCUGCUCCUCAAAACUUCAAGGAAUAUCGGUUGGAUUCCAGGGAGAAGCCUGUCCAUAAGCCACAGAAGGUUCAGCCCAGUUUGGCGCCUGAAUUGAUUACCUUAAACUCUUUGAAUAGGAAAAAGGUUGGCACUACGGCGAAGCCUGUGCGCUUGAGUGGAAAAGAAGCUGAACAGCAAAUAUCCCAGGGCUCAUCCUCCUUGAACAUCAAGGCCACAUCUGCUCCUGUCUUGCUAAGCUCAACUUUACCGCCAUCUGGUGGCCUUUUACCCAAUCGCAAUCGCUUGAAUCCUUUCCGCAUGCCCGGAAUGAACAUAGCUGAGAUGCAGAACCAAACCUCGGCGGCCAUCAAGAACGCCUUCCAAAACAUCUUCAAGUUGCCCUUCCGACCUCCAAUGGCAGCUACAAAUGGAGAAGUUCCUGUGAUCGUGGGCAAUGUCCCCCAGAAAAAUCACUCAAUAGAUUCGGCUGAUUAUAAGUGGGAUGAUGAGAACGAGGGCGCUGGCGAUGGGAUGUCGGAUGAUGUGGAUACCGUAGAGGACACCGCUGCGGAAUUGGACACUAGUUCAUCCUCGGAGAAACACCUUUUUGCCCACAAAGCCCAUCAUUUGAUGCACACUGUAGGCCAGGUGGCCACCGCGCAACAGAGUACCCAAAAGCAGGCACUUCGCGAGGGAGGAAUCAUCAUUCAGCGGCUUAAGGUGCGCAAGGGCGGUAUUGCCAUCGCAGGUCCUGGGGGCGUGGCCACGGCGGGUAGCGGUGGAACGGCGAUUGUGGGUCCCGGAGGCUAUGCCCUCACCCAUCCACGUAGCUUGACCAUCGCAGGUCCCGGGGCCAAGGUCAUCUCUAUACCGGCGAAUGUGGACCUGAAAGAUGCCCUGGCACGCACCGAUCUGGAGACGAGAAGUUUUCCGCGGGAGGGAAAGAUAGUGGCCACGGGACCAACGGUCUACUAUGCCCCACCCACGGGCACAACGACAAUGGAGGCGGAUCUGGGGGCGGGACUGGAGACGGGCCAGUUUGAGUCUGAGGCUUAACCUAAUAGCUAUUACUUAGCAUCUUUAGUUAGGAUCUAUAUAGUUGGUAUUGUUUAGUAUUCUAAUAAAUCUUUGUAUUUCGUAAAUGUUUGGGCUUUUGCUUUCAUCCUAAAAACUGUAUAUAGUAGAUAUGUAUAUGUACAUAUAUCCUCCCAUUAACCCUCACGUAUCCCGCAUGACAUUAACCCGUCACAGUUUUAACCCCUCGAAUUGUUGCUGUAAAUAUUAUCAGACUAACCGGCGGCUCUCUCCACCAUCUUCCCUAUGCUAUCCAUAAA